GCGGAGGCCGCUCUGCAGUCAGGAGAGGGGCCUUGGGGGUUGUGGAGCCGCCGGACCCCCUCAGACCACGGCGACGCCCCCUCUCGCCACGCCGCCGGGGCGCUCAAAGGAACCGGAGCCGCGCAGAACCUUCUGAAACCUCCGCCAUGGGCGACAUGAAGACCCCGGAUUUUGACGACCUCCUAGCGGCUUUUGACAUUCCCGACAUCGACACGAACGAGGCGAUCCACUCCGGCCACGAAGAGGCGGACCCUCACAUGAAGGCCAUCCCCGUUGAGACGGUGGUCCCCGACCACGCCCUUCCCCAUGCGGACAUCACCACGGUCAGCGUCAUUGUGAAGAACACGGUCUGUCCCGAGCAGCUGGACCCCACGGACGGGCGCCCCAAAGACGGCCUCGGCUCGCGCUUGCUGCAGAACGGUUUCGCGGCGCCCGAGGCCCCCCACGCCUCCCCCGGUCACCCGCCCGAAGUGACGGCCCCUGCGAAUGGGGACUGCUGGGCGCCGAAAGAGAAGGGAGCCAAAAACCUGGACCUCUUCUCCCACUUCAGCCCCGACCCUCGCGAGGACGGUGAAGCCAACCUUAUCGACCAGCCGCGCGAGUGCAAGGCCAAAGAGAAGAACCUCCCCGUGCCUUCUCUCUCCCCACCCCCUGUGCUCUCUUCCGUCCCUCCGUUGGACUGCCGCGAGCCGGUGCGAGAGAGCGCGGGGAAGCUCCCUCCGGCUUUCCCGCAACCGUUUGACGCUUGCCCAGUGAGCAGAGCAGGCCUGACCCCUCCUCCUCCGCCGCCUCCUUCACCCCCUGCCCCUCCGGUCAUUAAGCAGGAACCCGAUUGCGAGGUGUCCUGUCCGGGGAGCAGCCCCUUGGCUUCCGUUUGCUACUCCACGGACAAUUCCCCCACAGCUCCCAGGCCUGCUUCAGAUGCAGACCUCGACAGAGGCAGCGGCAGCGCUCCCGAUGUCAAGCGCUCUCCUUCCAGCCCUCCCCAUCAGCUCUUAAAAAGCCCCCCACUGACGAAAGUGAGCCCCGGGCCUCCCGCCUCCCCAAAACAUCCCAGCAGUGGGGGCCUGAAGGAAGAGCCCGUUGAGAAGCCCAUACCGUGCCCACCGGGUGCAUCCAGCGGAGAGGAAGAGGGGGAGAAGAAAGAGGAGGAGGAGGAGGAAGAAGAAGAAGAAGAAGAAGAUGAGAGCACCGGUUCUCCCUCGUCUAAUUCUUCGCGGCCUCUCAAGGUGAGGAUCAAGACCAUCAAGACCUCUUCGGGAAGCAUCACCAGGACAGUCACGAGGGUCUCUUCCGAUUCGGAGCCAGGCGCCGUCAAGCUGCCUUCAGAGCAGGACUCGCAAGAGGCCGCCGCCAUGGACGUCCCGCUCCCCACCGUCACGGAGAAAGACGAGGCUGCCGCGGAGUCCCCCAGCCCGAAGACGGUGGCCGCCAGCCCCUUGAAGGUCGUCGAGGGCCCCAAGGUGGUCAGCGUGCAGCUGGGGGACGGGACCAAGAUCAAGGGCACGGUGCUGCCGGUGUCCACCAUCCAGAACGCCAGCAGCGCCAUGCUCAUGGCCGCCAGCGUGGCCCAGCAGAAAGCCGUGGUGCUGCCCAGCAAAGCCGUGGCCAAGAACAUCAUUAGCUUGGUGCCGCAGGCCCUGCCCAAGGCCGCCGACGCCAGGACCGGCGGCACGGCAGCGGCCCAGACGGCGCCCACCGCAGCGGCCAACCAGAAGGUCAACGGCACCACGGUGGUGGUGAUGCAGCCGCAGAAGUCCUCCCAAGCCAUCGCCGGCACAGUCAUCUCCCGGAGCCAGUCCAGCCUGGUGGAGGCCUUCAACAAGAUCCUGAACAGCAAGAACCUGCUGCCGACCUACAAGCCCAACCUGGCGCCCCCGGCCGACUCCAGCCUGGCCCUGCCGCCGCUGGGCUACCGCUGCCUGGAGUGCGGCGACGCCUUCGCCCUGGAGAAGAGCCUGGCCCGGCACUACGACCGCCGGAGCAUGCGCAUCGAGGUGACCUGCAACCACUGCACCAAGCGCUUGGUCUUCUUCAACAAGUGCAGCCUCCUCUUGCACGCCCGCGAGCACAAGGACAAGGGCCUGAUCAUGCAGUGCUCCCACCUGGUCAUGCGGCCCAUCGCUCUGGAUCAGAUGAUCGGCCAGCCCGACAUCACGCCCUUGGUCUCCUUGGCCUCCCUGAACGCCGGCAAAGCCGCCGCCGGGACGACCCAGGAGGCCGUGGCCGCCACCGCCGGCGCCGGGGCAGCGUCUCAGGACCUGCCCGUCCUGCCCUUGAGCGGCGCUACGGCCGAGCAGACGACUACCAACUCCUGCCAGUGUCUGGAGUGCAAGGAACAGUGCAAAGAUAAAGCCGGACUCGCCGCUCACUUCCAGCAGGCCUCCACCUCCACGGUGUGCAGCGUCUGCCCCAUGAUCAUGCCCAACCGCUGCAGCUUCGGCGCCCACCAGCGCAUGCACAAGAACCGCCCGCCUCAUGUCUGCCCAGAGUGUGGGGGCAACUUCCUCUGGGCUAACUUCGAGGCCCACCUGAAGGAGGCGUGUCUCCAUUUCUCCCGGAGGAUAGGCUACAGGUGCCCGAGCUGUUCGGUCGUCUUCGGCGGCGUGAACUCCAUCAAGUCCCACAUUCAGACGUCCCACUGCGAGGUUUUCCACAAGUGCCCCAUCUGCCCCAUGGCGUUCAAGUCGGCGCCCAGCGCCCACGGCCACAUUUACACCCAGCAUCCGGGCUUCAGCAACCAGCAGUCCAAGAUGAUCUACAAAUGUGCAAUGUGUGACACCGUCUUCACCCACAAGCCCCUGCUCUCCUCUCACUUCGACCAGCAUCUCCUCAAUCAGAGGGUGAGCGUUUUCAAGUGCCCGGAUUGCCCUCUUCUCUUCGCUCAGAAGCGGACGAUGCUCGAGCAUCUCAAGAACACCCACCAGCCACAGAAGGCCAAAGAGGACCCCGUCAAGAAGCCGCCGCCCGCCCCGCUCGUUCCCAAGCAGGAGCCGGCCGAGGAAGAGCCCCCCCCGCCGGCCCCCGCCAAACUCUCGGAGUCGUCGUCCUCCUCUUCGGAAGACGAGGAUCCGCCCAGCUCCCCGGAGCUGCGCAAGAGCAAGCGGGGCCGCUUCCAGCGGAAGACGGAGACGGGCGGGCGCUCGCGGACCUGCGGCAUCUGCCACUCCUGGUUUCCCGAGCGGGACGAGUACGUCGUGCACAUGAAGAAGAUCCACGGGAAGUGUGUGAAGAAGUUCCCAUGCAACCUGUGUGAGCGCUCCUUCUGCUCUGCUCCGAGCCUGCGGAGACACGUCCGAGUGAACCACGAAGGCAUCAAGCGCGUCUACCCCUGCCGGUACUGUACCGAAGGCAAGCGCACCUUCAGCAGCCGCCUCAUCCUUGAGAGACACAUCCAGGUGCGUCACGGCAUCAAGGUGACCGACGAGACCAGGAGCCAGGAGGUACUCAUCACCCGCAUGGGCUCCAGGAACUCACAGACGUCGGGCCGGAAACACAAGCUCUCCUCGGACGACGGGGAUUCGUGCAGCGAGGAGCCGGACAGCACCACGCCCCCGUCCAAGACCCUGAAAGGCGACCGGAAAUCCCCCUACCAUUGCCGCAAGUGUGGCUACGUGGCCCCCACGGCGGCCGAGUUCCAGGAACACAUCCCCCAGCACAGGACAGGCGAGAGCGCCCACCAGUGCCGCGAAUGCGGCCUCUGCUUCACCUCUCAGGUCUCCUUGAACCGCCACCGCUUCAUCACCCACAAGAAGAAGCGCGGGGCGGGCGACGCGGCGGGCGCCAGCCCUCCGGGCGAGCCCGAGGACGGCUCCCCGCCGUCCGCCGAGGGGAAGCUCUCCUGCACGGUCUGCGGCAAAGGCUUCGACACCCAGCUCAACCUCAAGACUCACUUCCGCACCCACGGGAUGGCGUUCAUCAAAGCCCGGCAGAACGUGGGGGGCGAAAACUAGCCGGGGCGCGUCUGGAGCCGGCUGCCCGCCUUAGCCAACCCGCCCCGGGGACCACAGCCGUAGAUAGAUAUCCGUGCCCUGAGCUCCCAGCACGGGCAGCGAGGACGCCCCCACGCCCCGCUUUUCAUAGGUGGAGUUCAAUAAGCCGUGAUGACGUGGAGGGAGGGGGCGGGCGGGGGGGCAGCAGAUUUAUUUAUGAUCCCUGAUCAGCCGUUACUGCUGCUGCUGGCUUCUCGGCGCCGAAGCCUCGCCCGGUCAGUGUGGGUUUGCG